AUGCCACCACCGGUUGACAGAGAACUAUCUCGGUCUCUAGUGGCACAAUCAGAUCUGAGGGCUACUUUGGACAGGAAAAGACAAAAAAGAGGAUCUAGUCCCCCACAAGAGGCAAGUCUAGGAAAAGUGCGCUUGAAGAGUUGUGUAAUUGCAAGCUGCAAGAGUAUGUUUCGCAACAUAAGACGCCACGCUAUGGAGAAGAAUCUUCCAAAGCCUUUCCAGGAGAAUGCAUUAGCUGAUAGCUCUCUUCACAACAAGAGGAUGGAGUUGCUGAUGUUUCUGAAAUGCAAGGUUCUGGGAGAGAAGACUACCUUUAGUGAUAUGUUAAGGUGGGUGGACAGUCAAAGAGCCAUGUCAGUGGACACAUUUGUACCGGAUACGGAUUUUAAAUGGCUAGAGAAAGCCUGCAGAAGGCAACGGUGGAGACAGCCUAGGAGGUUUUCGUUAGUGCCAAUCAACUGUGAAGCAUUGUUGUUUCACUGGAGAGUCUUGUUAGUGCUGUUAAACCACGUCACCGAAGAGGAACGCUUGUUAUUCAAGCAGGGUAACACAAGUAACCCCAUCACAGUGGAGUGCAGCGAGGAAGAUUUCCAGGUUGUGGACAGUGUGGGCUUUGAAGACAAUUUUUCAAUGGCCAGCCCGUCGAAUGACCUGGAAGCAUUCGACUCUCAUUUCCAUGCAGAUAGGCUGAGUAAGGUCCUAUAUGGAAAUCCAAGGGAGGCGGUAGCCGACCUUAUCAAGGCGUCAGUUGGAGUUCUUCCAACAACAUCCGUGAAAGUAAUUGGUGGAGUUAUGGUCUUCUGUGACCCGGAGACAUUUCCAGAAACGCUGCCAAGUGAAAAAGGGUUUGGUUCUGCCGUGGGAGUUCAUCCAAAGAAAUGCCAUCUCCUCUCUGAUUCUGCCUAUCAGAAACUAUUAAGCUUCCUUAUGUCCUGCAAUGUUGUUGCACUUGGAGAGAUAGGGCUUGACAGGACGGAGCCAGAAAUGUCUUGGGAUCUGCAGGAGAAGACCAUGGUGCGUUUACUUAAAUUUAGCAUGCCGGUUCGCCCAGUUAUUCUACAUAUUCGGGAUGGAACAGACCAACAUGCUGGGGAGGUAAGCGCCAAAUGUCUUCAAAUUAUGAAGGCUAAUACAGCCCCUACGCAGGAGAUCCACCUACACUCUUUUGGGGGAACUGUGGAACAGGUCGUUGGCUGGUUAGAGGCAUUCCCUAACUGUUACUUUGGAUUUAGCGACAGAGUAACACAUUUCGACAAGUAUGAGGUUGCUGCCCUCCAAAGGGUCCCUGACAACAGACUUCUGCUGGAAACAGAUGCCCCUUACUUCAAAAAGUAUGCAGCCAAAGCAAGUACACCAGCUUUUCUGGGAGACAUUGGUGAUGUGGUCAGCAAACACAGAGGUACUUCAUUACCGGAAACAAUGAGGCUGGCUACUCGCAAUGGUCAGGGUUUAUACUCUCUAUAG